AUGACAGGUUGGUUAACAGACAACCGAAGAAGAGAUGCAUAUUUUGGCGGCAAAUUGAAAGCUUUAAAAAGUGACAGGAAGUUGUACGAAGCCAAUAAACAGUCAAGCGAGGCUAUAAAUAAUGAUAAGUCGAACAUAGUCAGAACGAUUGACGACGACAACGAGUUGAUUGAAAUUAUUAAUAACUUCAAUCAGAAACACCGUCAAAUUUAG